AUGUCCUCCUCCAAGCCCGAUCUCGCCUCCCUCAUCACCCUUGACCCAGGCCUCCCCCGCCCAUCUCCAACAGCCUCACACUGGCAAACCCCGCCUCACAGCCUCUCCAACAUCCGCAGCCCCUCGCUGCCCCAAACCACCUCCAUCGCCAUCAUCGGCUCUGGAAUCACUGGCGCCAGCGUCGCAAAAGCCAUCCUGGAACAUGACCCCGCUGUCCACGUUACCGUCUUCGAAGCCCGUACGCUCUGCUCUGGUGCGACCGGUCGCAAUGGCGGGCAGCUGGCGAUUAGUGCCCCAGAGCGGUAUCUAGGGCUUAAAGAGAAGUUCGGCAAGGAGAUGGCGGGGAAGAUUGUGCGGUUUUAUAUCAAGACGUUGGAUGCUGUGAGGGAGGUUGCGGUGCGGUUCCGGGGGGUUGGAAUGGACCCCGAGGUUAAUGAGGUUGUUAAGAUCAGGGCGUUUCUGUCGGACAAUGAAGGCGAUGCGUUUUUGAAGGCCUGUGUUGGGAUUGAUGAGCUAGAGACGGAUCAUCCGGAUCUCAAGGGGUUGUUUAAGGUGCUACUUGAAGGGGAGUGUAGGGACUACGGUAUCCACGGCGCCACAGGGGCCAUCCUACAUCCCGCUGGCACGAUCUGGCCGUACCGCGUCGUCACGAACCUCUUUGAUGCACUCCUAACCAACUACCCUGACCGUCUGGCAAUCGAAACCAACACCCCCGUGACGAAGGUGGCGUACAAUCCAGAUACUGACCCCGACCAUCCGUACAUCAUACACACCCCUCGAGGGACUGUUCGAGCCGCUCAAGUAGCCCAUUGCACAAACGGGUACACUGGUCACCUUCUCCCGCGGCUUCGAGGCAGCCUGUAUCCAGUGAAGGGGACAAUGACCGUCCAAGAACGUCAACCAUCGGCCUCAGCCAAACCCUCAACCUCCUGGGCUAUCCACUACCAGGCGACCCUGGACGAAGCAACCGGCGCCUACGCGGACGGUCUGAUCUAUGGGAUGCAGAGCCCCAGCUCGGGGAUGUACUUCUUCGGCGGCGAGAAGUCGCCUCUGGACUUACAGCUCUCGGCCGACGACACGGAGGCCGCGCACUCGCAGACCACGGUGCACUUUUUGCAGGAGUCGCUCGCUACGCUUUUUGGUCAUUCGCCAACAGAGUAUAACCUCGUGACGUCUUGGUCAGGCAUCAUGGGGUUCUCUGCCGAUUCUCUGCCGCUUGUUGGUCGGCUCCCAACAGACCUUACGGGCCGCCCUGGUAAUGGUGAGUGGAUAGCGGCGGCGUAUAACGGGUAUGGGAUGCCCGCUGCCUGGCUUGUAGGUGAGAGUCUGGGGUUGAUGAUGGUUGGGAAGGAGAGAAGAGAAAAUCUGCCCGAGGCUUUCUUGCUUACGGAGGAGAGAGUCCGGGAUUCAAUGCUUAUGUACCUGCGUUGA